UGUUCUGUCUUCCACAGAUAGCACUCCCUAAGUCAUAUUCUCCAAGACUUCCUAAGAAACACAGAAAGUACUGGAAGGAACAGAUGACAGAGUGGAUACACAGUUACCUGAUGCCCCAAUAUGCCUUUUCUGGACUGGUUCCUCUACCACUCAGUUGCCAUGUGGCUGCUCCUCCAGAGUUUUGUUCUGAUGGCCUUUUGUUUCCACUCAGCCACCACUUUUCCCAAGGGGUGUUACCCCUCCACUGAAGAUGGCUUCAAAACUUUCCGCUGCAGUAAAGCUCAACUUACGGUUAUCCCAAAAGAUAUACCCAAUGAUACCAACAAGUUAUAUUUGGAUUAUAACCAGAUUUCUUUCCUGCCCAAUGACGCCUUCCAACAUUUGCCACUUCUAGUAGAACUAGACUUGUCCCACAAUGUCAUAAAUCGCAUGGAAGUUGGAGUCUUUAGGGGCUUGUCAGAGAACCUGCAUUCACUGGACUUGUCUUCUAACAAGCUAGUGUCAGUCAAUAAAGAUGUCUUCAGUGCACUAAAAGCCAAAGCCAACUUAUCCAACAAUCCUUGGCUCUGUGACUGCACACUCCAGCAGCUCGUUGAGAGAGUAGAGCUGGUUGCUGGUACUUCUGAUGGGAUUGUCUGUGAUGCCUCUGCACGGAAAGAGCACAUUGGGAAGCCUUUUCUGCAGUUGAUUGGAGACAUAGAUUUCUGCAACAUCUAUAAAAAGACCACAGACAUCGCCAUGUUGGUUACCAUGUUCGGCUGGUUCGCCAUGGUGAUCUCAUAUUUAAUCUACUAUGUCCGGCAGAAUCAAGAGGAUGCCCGACGACACCUAGAGUAUCUCAAAUCCUUGCCCAGCAAGCAGAAGAAAUCAGAAGAGUCAUCUACAAUUAGCACUGUAGUGUGACCAAAAUUAAUAAUCCUUUCACCCUCACAAAUCCCUAGGAAACUAUUGUCCAUUUGAGUAGAUAGGUUUUACAUCUACUUCAGGUGGAUCAUGUCUGCUAGAUGCUUAAAUGCACAAUGG